GCACAUGACACUUUUUUCUUUUUGUGUGGCUGAGUUAUUGUAUUAAUUGUAAUUUAACUUAAUUUUUUGUUAUAGUUUAUUCAAUUUGAUUGUAGUUCCAAAUACACAGGAAUGUGAGGAUGUAUAAUUGUAUUUUGUUAUUUGCAUUAGGGUCACAAAUGUGAUUAUUGUGGUACUUAUCUCCCAGAAUCAUGCAAUUUAAUGGAACAUUUAUGCUUCCAUCCAUUUGAUGAAGAUAUGCAGGAACUUAAUGUAGAUGAUAAUGCCUUGGUUACUGUCGUAUGUAAAUAUCAGUAUGAUGGUUUGUCCAAAUCAACAAAUAACCAAUGUCAUCAAGAAAAUAAUGAUGAUGAUGAUGAGCAACAGGAAAUAAAUAUAGAUAAAUUCUUGAUUAGUUGUGUGGCUACCAAGCAAGCAUUGUUCGACCACCGAAUUCCUGCAAGCGAACAAACAAAUUUAAAGAAACAAGCACAUUGGCAAGAAAUGUGCAAUCUAAUGAGAGGAGUUUUAAGUGUAGAAGAAGCAAAGCGAAGAUAGAGGUAUCUUUGAGACUGCUAUAUGAAGGCCAAAAGAAAAAAAAAUGAAUAUAUCCCAAGUGGGUCUGCUGCUAUAAAUGAAAUUCCUUAAAAAGGAAAACUUUAUUCCGUUUUUGCCAACAGAUGAAGUUUCUUGAUGACGUUCAAGUAAAAUCUGUACGUGCAGCAGUCUACCAAGUACAAGUAUUAAUGAUAAUUUUAAUACUAGUGAUGAGUCGUCAAUGUUAGUGCCUGCACCAAUAGACAGUGCUGAAUCCAACUCAUCUACCUCAUCACAGUCAAUUAGUAGCAAAAGUAGAAUUAGCAGUGACUCUAACAAAAAAAGAAAGUCAAAUUCCAGCCAAAACGACGACGAGUUCCAUGAAAGUGUUAUCGCAGCGUUACGAGAGCCCGUUGCGCAACCAGAUACAACGAGUUCUUUUUUAAUAACAUUGGGCGAAAGAUUGCGAACACUGCCUUAUAGACGAAGCUAGAGAUUAAAUUCCUUUCAAUGGUCCUAGAAGAACAGGAGCUGGACAUCUCUUGAAUAUGGACUUGAUAUAUCAAUCAACUAAAAUAAGUUUCUUUUUAGUAAUAUUACUAAAAAUUAAUACAAAGAACGGUGCGUUUUAUAAGUAGAUUUAGAUACGUUAAUUUUUAUUUCUUGUGCAUAAAACUAAUAUGUUGAAUAAGUUGCGGUAUUAUCGUUCUGUUAUAUUAAAUUUAUAUUAUAUAGUUUGCCUGGUUUGACUUCAAAUCUAAAUUACCGUUCUCUGUAAUAAAUAAUCGCAUU